AUGGAUAAUAUUCAGCUUCAGAAAAUGAUGAUGACUAAGACAAAGAUUGCUCAAUCUCAAUCUUUUACAAAAUUCAUAAGAAUUAACAUCAAGUUUGGAGCACUUCUCGCUAUUGUGAUUUUUGGAAUUAUUUACAUAAUUUUUCAACCAUUCUCGGUUGAUUCUGAUUCAGACAUAGAUUUGAAUGUAGAAAUUUCUGUAGCGGAGCAACUAAAAACUAUAGUCAAUUGUGAUAACAAAAACUUUACAAUCGAGAUUAUUCAAACUGACAAAUUUUUAAUCCUUAAAAACUACAUUAAAGCAUCAAAAUAUUUUGAAUGUCACGAGUCAAUCACAUACACAACACAAGGAGAAUUUACAUUCCUUGAGAAUAUUAUUCCUGUGAUUAAAAGGUGGCGAGCACCGAUGAGUGUUGCUGUUUAUUCUCCUGGAAGUGAUUUAAUGUCAGCCAUGAAUGUGAUCUUUUAUCUUAGGAAUUGCAAUGCUGCAACGGAUUUAGUUAAGGAAUAUGUUUCGUUCCACAUCUUUUUCGAUAGAAUGGAGUACAAUGAGAACAACAUACUGACACUUUAUGAAAGACUUGAAGCCACAUUAAAAUGCUCUCAUGCUGCAAAGUUCCUCAAAGUUCACCAAAAUGAGACUUAUAGAAUUAAAAAUAAACUAAGUUAUCCAAUCAAUGCUGCUCGAAAUAUUGCAAGAACUGCAGCUACAACUUAUUUUGUGUUCGCUUGUGAUAUUGAAUUAUAUCCGAAUCCAAACUUUGUGGAUCAAUUUUUUGAAAUGAUUAUUGAUGAUAAGGAUGGGAAAUGGAUGGAAGAAAAGAAUGUCUUCGUAUUUGCAGUAUUCGAGGUUUUAACUAAUGAGACAAUUCCAGACAUCAAACAAGAUUUAAUAAAAUUAGUCAACGAACAAAAAGUAUUCUUGUUCCAUAGUCAUAUAUGCUUAGAAUGUCACAUGAUUCCUGGUGUAGAACUUUGGUUAAAUGACACAGACUAUACCAGCAUGAAAGUCAUUACAACAGCAAAACGACAAGGUCCAUUCUUUCAUUGGGAACCGUUUUAUGUUGGCACCAACAAUGAUCCACUGUUUGAUGAUCGAAUAACAUACGAAAGAAGCUCUGAUAAAAUGUCACAAGCAUACACAAUGUGCGUUAUGGAUUACAACUUUAAUGUCUUGUCAAAUGCAUUUUUGGUUCAUAAAAAUGGAGUCAAAACAAAUAGACCAACACGUCAACCUGGUUUUAAGGAAGGAGUGAAUUUUCUGUUGAAUGUUGCUCUUCCUGAAAUUAGUAGUAAAUAUGGUGAACGAGAAGGAUGUCGACUAUCGUAAUGCAUGGAUUAUCUAAUAUUAAGGGACGAAGGAAUUGCUGAGAAGAAAAGAGUUUUGGAUGAAUCAUAUUCACACUUGAUAAUCAGAUAACAGCAACUCUUCAUUAUAAAUUUUUUAAAAGCCUUUUAAAGACCUUC